UGAUCCUUUUCCUUUUCAUUCAUUAUCUUUCCCGUCCAAGGUUUCCCUUAAUCAUUAUUAUUAUCAAAGAUAAUCUAUUUACCUAUGUCAAUAGGUUAUCUUGGGUAAGAUGGAAAGAAUCUUAAUUAAUUGGAAUUCAUUGAAUUAGACAGGUACAUACCUAAUCUUUGUUGAGCUAGCCUUCUGUGGCGCCGUGCUGUGGCUAGAGCCCAUCAAACCUCCUGCCCCCUACCUACGUACGGAUCCGUACUUCGUACUACGUACCUACCAAAGUGCUAGAGCAACCGGCGCCCAGUAACUUUCAGGUAUGCAAGGUACCUACAUACCUCUCUGAAUAAGGUGACGCGACGUGAGCAGGUACGGCGUGAGCACUUUGAUUCCAACACUUUUUUUUCUUUCCUUUUCCUUUCUCAGUUUCAACCCAUCGACCUUCGCAUCCUUCAUACUGCAAGGCUUUGUCAUUUCAUCUCAAACUUUCAAUUCAAUAAUGCCUUAACGAUAGUCUGGCAACCCUCGCCUUAAUUGAAGGCACUUCUUCUUUCUUUACGUUCUUUAGACAUUUACCAUAAAACUUGUCGCCGACUGUUGUACUACAAGAUCGGCCUACACCACUCUCUCUCAUUUACCUACUAACCUAACAUCCUACAUCUUUUUCAAUCACCGUCCAAAUUUGCGAUGGCUUCAAGAGACGGAACACCAGAUCCAAGCCGCUGGUCGCGCGCAUCCAGCGCUGCCCCAAGAGAUAGCACACCCGGUGAUAACCUCGAGGCUAGCAUCAUUAGGUCUGAAUCCGGACAUAGCAGCAAGCGACCCAAGAACAAAUCCAUCGGUGGCGCAGCAGCAUCCUCAUCAUUCCCUACAGUAGGCAAAAUCAGACACCUAAAAAAAGAGGAUGGAGAGCCGCUGUGGAGAAGAGAUAUUCAAUACGAUUUUCUUAAGUCUGUUUUCGAUGAUGACAGAAAGGUCUUCACCAACAGUUACGAACCCGUAGGAGAUGGCAAAGAGAAGCAGAGCUUUGCCGACCUAUACAUUGAUACGAUGGCCAGAAGCAGCAAGACGAGUAAGGUUCUUAGGGAUAAACUACUUAGUGACAGGGAGGCCGCAAAGAGCAUGGCUAUGGUGUGCUUGCUUGUCAACGUGGGUCGCAUGAAUACGACGCUUAACUUUUUCCCCGAGAUGCGAGCUCAACUCCGAACGUAUCAUGCUAUCCCGUCCUUACAAGCCCAUCAAGAUGCAUCGGCCUACAAACAGCUCCAAGAUGCGCCAAGACUGAAGUCUAUCUUGAAAGGUGCCGCUGAGGAUCGACCUGAACCACAUGAACUCGGGGAAUUUAAAGGAAAGGACCCGCCUCGAUCGAACCCAGUGAACCUCAUCUUCCUCAUAUGUCAGCAAGCAUCCUAUAUCGCAGAAUUACACUUCCCUCCUGGUGGUGAAUUCCAUGACCUAAUUAUGAAGACAAAUUACACGAGCAAAUCCCGUGCGAGGGCAUUUUUAUGGCUAAUGUGGUUCUAUCUCGAGUCAGACUUCACUGAGGAAGGCUGUGAAGAGAAUCCAUUUGGUCCUGGUGUCGACUAUGGCACCGAAGUGGCGAAUCAAGGCGUCCCGCGGAUGGAAGAAAUGACGGCAGACGAAGAGGAUCGCGAGAAUAUCGACCCGCACGAAGAGAUUGAGUUCGGUCGUGAGAAGCAAAACCAUAGAGCCAAAAUAAUAGCAGCCGACCAAGCCUACUUGGCAGACCAUCAGAAUAAGCGUGGCUCUAGAGGACGGGUCUUGGCUGAUGAAGGGCCAACGGCCGCUAUCCUCCCUCGAAUACGCCCAUCAAAACAUGAGUCGGAUAUGGAUAGCACACGAUCCACUCCUCCACCUAGAGCCUUGUCCCGCCUUGGUGCUAGCAAUACUGGACGACGAGGCGGAGCAUCCCUGAAGAACUUGAUAUUCGACGGUUCUUCACCUGCAGGGCCGGGAUCCCACGUUAUCGAGGGCAUCGUUCCUCGGAAGCCGCGUCCUCCCACAGCGCACCAACUAGCAGUAGAGCGGAACCGAAACCAGCGAGUUGAACAUAUCCUCGGUCGUGGGCUACGCAAGCAGCAUCAUCGUGCCCGAAAGGCACGUCGACAGGAAGGUGCGAUCAUACGUGCUAAACGUCGUCUAGCUGCCAUGAAGGAUGCCCUCGUAGACAGCGAUGAAGAGGAAUAUAUGGUAUCGCAUAGGGAGCAUAAGCACCUCUUCAUAGACCAAGGUUUUGGUGGUCUUUGCCAACUUCACCAAGAAGACGACGAUUUCGGCGAAGAGUUCGCGUCGUACUCGGCGGCAUUGAGAAGAACGGAUCGACGGCUUCGGCGCUGGGAUGGUCGACCCGAAUUAGGUGUCGUACUAGCUUCUAAGAAGCGUACUGCAGGCCCACCCUCUGAUUACGCCUCACCUGACCCGCAUGGCGAACGUGGCAGGAAUGGCAGCCCGGAGAAGACAAAUACAAUCAGGAUCAAGCAAAACGGCAACACUAAUGGUGAUGUCACAAUGGAAGACGCAGACGACCUGGAUCCUAUGGAGAAAGAACUCUUGGGUAUUGGCAGCGGCGGCGAGGAAGGUGAAGGUGAAGGCGAAGGCGAAGGAGAGGGCGACGGCGACGGUGAAGGGGAGGGUAAGGAUGAUUCUGAGGAUAUCGAUAUUAUUGGUAAGGCGUUACUUGGACUUGACGGUUCGGAUGGCACGGACAGUUCGUAGUGCUUUUACAGGAGGUGAACGUUUGAUUUCGGCAUGAUUGAUCAAUAUCAUUCAUAGUUGACGACGCGUUACUGCUGUUUAUUCUACGUCUUCGGCGAGCUUGGUAAAGCUUCGCAAGACGCUUGUACAUGUAGGUGAUUACGGAAAAGGAUGGUUAUCAGAGGUGGCUUAGACGAAAGAGCUAAACAGUGAGCUUUGAGCUAAAUGAUAAUAUGCGAGACUUAAAAAAAGGAAGAAAAAAUAUGCCCUAUUGGCUCCUUUGCCUUAGGGUUUUGAUAUGAGUGAUAGGGUGUAGCACCCAGGUGUAUGAUAAUGUGUCUCUUCGACUAGCAGUGUACUAAUUCUCCGUUGCAACUUAGCACAGUAGAUACCUGAUACAUGGCUUCAUUAACCUAGAGAAAAGAGGAUAGCCUCUAUAAUGCCAAAAAUCAACUAUUGAAGAUUUU